GAGCCCCACUUGUAGCAGGGAUACCACACCGGCUGUGAUCAGAACAUAAUCACCACAUACAACAAGUAGCACCCGGCCCCACUCUCUUGCUCUCUCUUUCGGUGGGCAGAGUUCUCCGGAAUCUCGCAACGAGAACAAACGCACGCUGAGCACUCCACAGGAAUAGCCAGGCGCUGAUACUUGCAGGGAGACCAACGCUAGAGGCCCCAGUUCAAGAGGAAUCAUGAAGACCCAGUUACUUCUUGUUAUAGUGGCGCUGUCUGUGUCCUUUGGGAUGGCUAAGACAAAUGGGUGUGCGAGUCGAGGCGGUGUCUGCAGAGCCGGCGAUAGGAAUGGCUGCGCGAGACUACAAGGGACGUGUGGCAAUGGCCGAGUCUGCUGCCAGAAAGACAACAGUUUGAAGAAGAGAAAAUGUCGACAGAAAAGAAGCUGCACCAAGCAAGGGGGCAAAUGUAUCGCAAUGGAGGAAUCUUGUUUGAAGAUCACCAGCGAUGACCUCUGCAACGGUGCAAGUUGCAAAUGCUGUUUGGAGAGUUCCUGCGAGUGUGGUGUGGCAAAUGACGCCCGUAUCAUAGGAGGCGAAGAGAUAUCUCCUCCGAACAAAUAUCCUUGGCUAGUUGGUAUGCUUCAUCCUAAAACAUUCGGUGAUAUAUUUUUCUGUGGCGGAUCUAUCAUUAACAAGAACUAUGUUUUAACUGCCGCGCACUGUCUACUUGGUGAAGACAAUCUACCUUUACCAGCAAAGGAAUUUCAAGUGGGAAUUGCCAACCACAAUUUCAAUUCUGAGGAUGAUGACAUACAGGGUGUCACUCGGGCAGUAGAUGUGAAAAGUUACAUCAUCCAUGAAGAUUACGUUCCUCAAGAUCUUACUGAUAAUAACAACGACAUCGCUCUCCUGCUUUUGAAAGAGUCGCUGGACCUGACAUCCCAAGUUCGACCUGUAUGUUUGCCUACUGACCCGAACAGGAAGUAUGAGGGAGAGACUGGGACCGUGAUAGGUUGGGGAGACACAAAGAACGGGAAGGGGGCCUAUCCAGACGCUGCCAGGGAGGUCGAUGUACCCAUCAUAGACUGUAAACGCAAAGUAGGUGGUUCUCUAAUCACCCCACAAAUGAUGUGUGCAGGGAGGAAGAAGUCAAAGAACAAGGGCGCAAAAGGUGCCUGUUUCGGCGACUCUGGCGGUCCUCUUUUCGUCAGAGAAAAUGGGAAAUACACCCAGGCGGGAAUUGUCUCCUUUGGGGGAAGUUGUCUUAAGCCCGGUGUGUUCGUCCGAGUCACCGAGUUCCUCACGUGGAUCAGCGAUAACACUCCUGGUGAAACUUACUGCCAGUAGUAUUACAGGGCAUGUAAAAGCAGAUACAUACAUAACGAUAUCUGUUUAGCUUUUGCCUUUGAAGAACUGCAUACAAUUUCACACAUGAUCAUGUAAUAGUGACACGUGUUUGUAAUCACAUCUUGUUUUUAUGUUUUCCAAGAACUCUUUCCUUUGUAUGAAACGCAUGUGUUGUACUUCAGUGAGAAAUAUAUAGUUCCAGCAUAAUAAAAUA